CGACAACUCGUCGAGCACCGCAUUCUCCCUCGCUCACGAUACCCCUUCUGCCCAUAUUUAUACCAGAAGUCCUAUUCUGCAAUCUUACUCGCUGCGUUGCUCUCUUCUAAGCGCGAGCGCUCCCUUGCAGUCCUAUGUGAGGCAUCUCAUUCGGUAUUCAGCGCGCCCAGGCGGUGCCACACCCCAGCCCAAUUGCGUCUCCUCCUUAGAACAGGACCCAACCCUGACCGUAGGACGCAAACAACCUGACCUUUAGUGGUCUUCGCGCGUUGUAGGGCAGAAGGUCCAUCAUCCGACUGCUUCUGUCUCGUCCUCUACCCCAAAGCGGAGGGUGUUCCGCACUUGCCUCAGAGAACACCCCCCCCCCAAACCCUCUUUCCUCACCCCGACGGUCACAGCCUCCACCAUGAACGGCUUCAGUGGGACGGUAGUUCCGGGCGGCAUGUACGUGCGAGCCCUGUACGAUUACGAAGCGGACGACCGCACCAGCCUGAGCUUUCGGCAAGGCGACAUCAUCCAAGUCAUAACGCAGCUCGAGAGCGGUUGGUGGGAUGGGGUCAUAAAUGGAGUUCGGGGAUGGUUCCCCAGCAACUACUGCGCCGUAGUGCCCCGUCCGACGGACGACGUGGAGGAGGGCCAGAAUGGCGCCGACGUCGACGACGACCAAGACACACAGUCCCUUGGAGGGACUGACUACACCAACUCGGAUACUGAAUCCAUGAACGGGAAUGAUACCUCUCGGUUGCCCAUAGAAGGCACAGAGAGUAAGGAGCAGGAGGAAGCAGCGUUCUGGAUCCCGCAAGCGACUCCGGACGGAAGGCUCUUCUAUUUCAAUACCUUAACUGGAGUUAGCACGAUGGAACUUCCACUCGAGACACCCUCUCUAAACGAGAAUGGACCGCGUGAUCGCACAAACGUUUACAUUCCGGAUUCAUCCCGGCCUCCACCAGAGCUAAUAAUGUCAGGAUACAGUGUCGAAGAUACAGAUGAUGAGAACUCGGCCUCAGACUUUGAAGGGCCCGGUAUGACGGGCUCACAUAGCUCCCUAUCUGGAAAACGGCGGGUAUCAGACGGCGUCUCGCCAGCGACUUCAAUGGACUCCAUGAAUGCCGCUUCACCUACCACUAGAUCGCACGAGGCAAAUGGGGGCAGCUUCUCAGGCGCCUCGAUCCCCCCUAUUGGCACAACGGCAACUUCCUUCGCCAAUAAUCCUCUUGGAGGUGCGCAGUUGACUUCCGCAAUGUCACGAAAAUUCUACGACGAUGCCAAUCCUGUACCUCUGACCUGGAACAGAAUGGUCGAGGAUAUGCGGCGGGCCGUUGAGCGCUAUCGACAAGCCAUCAAUAACUGUGACCGUUCUGAAUUUGUCAAACGAGCAGAAGAUAUCUCAGAUCACCUUCGACUACUCCUUGCCGCAGGCUCUGGAACCACUGACAAUCAUUCUGGCAACCCAUCCAUUAUUUCAACCAAUAAGGCUUUAUAUCCGCACUUUCGGGAAACCAUGUCAAGAUUCUCCAAGCUGGUAUUGUCUUCGCACAUUGCUGCCGCCGAUUUCCCCCCACCAGAUUCCUAUACAAAGUGUCUGAAGGAAGCGGAUGGUGUCCUCAACGGUGUUUAUGGGUUCGUCGAAGUCGCGCGUCAACAACGGGGUGAAGACAUUCCUCGUCUUGUCCCAGGUUUCGUUGUAGGAAGCAAUUCUGGAGGCAACUGGCACAAUAAUGGGUUGGAUGCUCGCGAUUCUGCAACAUCCAUGUCGUUCAUUGAUCAGGAGGAUUACGAACCUUUCAUCGAGCCUACUGUCAAGCUGGAUUCCCGCGUGCUAGAGAGGUUGGAGGACUUGAAGAGGUUAAUCGUCUCUAGUAUCCGCCGGUUGGACGAGCAGCUUAUCGUUCGAGACAAGAUAGUCACUCCCUACAGGCAUCAAGCAAUUGGCGACAGCAUCUGCAACGCAGCUGGAAAACUCCUUGAUGUUUGCCGACCAUGGAUAUCUACUAUUGAAUCUAUCAACUUGUCGUCCCUUAGUGCUCACAUUCAAGGGCAGCAGUUGGGCGAAUUCAGUAUUCAGAAGCAGACAGUCUACGACCUCGUAUCUGAGUUGGUCAUUGCCUGUCAGGGGGUCGCUGCACCCUUGGCAGACGAAUGGGCAGAAACUCGCGGGGAGUCCCUAGAAGACCGGGUGAAUGCCGUGGGCGAAAUUUCGAGAGACCUGGAAGCAAACAUUGCACGGCAAUACGGGUUGCUUCAGCAACUGUCGGAGACAGUACCUCUCGGAGAUAUUGCCCCUCGAAACGAUUCGCGAAGAAACACAGAUACGGACGUAGCGAAUUUCCAUGCGCGAGGGCCGUCAGGAAACAACAGGCCCAUGUUGAAAGAUAUGGUUCAGCCUCACUCAUACUCUGAAGGUACAGCUUUAGAUGAGAGUAAAGCCGAGCCGCUCAGGGCUACCAACGGAAGCAAGAAGAUCGAGAGAUUCUUCGGGGAAGUUCCUGUCAUCACGACUGUGGAGGAAGUUCCUGAAUUUCUUAGGCUCGAUCAUGAAGGUGAAAUAUCGUACGACCAUAAAGUCAGCCCGCCGCAACUUAGAGGCGGCACCCUUACAGGACUUGUGGAACAGCUUACCCGGCAUGAUCGACUUGAUCCAGCCUUCAACAACACAUUCCUUCUCACUUACCGAUCUUUCACUACUGCCUCGGAACUUUUCGAAAUGCUAGUCAAGAGAUGGAGUAUUCAGCCGCCGUAUGGUCUGGCUAAGGAAGACUAUCAGACAUGGGUGGAUAAGAAGCAGAAGCCCAUCCGAUUUCGCGUUGUUAACAUCCUUAAGAGUUGGUUUGACAACUACUGGAUGGAAGGUAACGACGAGGAUGCCCGGAUAUUGAUCCAAAGGGUCUAUAAUUUCGCAAAAGACCAUGUAGCAACAACAAGUACGCCAGGUGCUGCUCCGCUCAUGACUUCCGUUGAGCAACGAUCCCGUGGGCCCGACAUGCCAACCAAACGCCUGGUCCUUACUCUGAACACUCAAACUCCUCAACCAAUCCUUCCAAAGCAUAUGAAGAAGUUGAGGUUUCUCGAUAUUGACACUACAGAGUUUGCCCGACAACUUACCAUCAUUGAGUCGAGGUUAUACGGAAAGAUUAGACCUACCGAGUGCCUCAACAAGACGUGGCAAAAGAAGCUGCAACCUGGAGAGCCUGAUCCUGCAUCAAAUGUGAAGGCACUAAUUCUCCACUCAAAUCAGCUCACAAACUGGGUCGCACAGAUGAUUUUGACCCAAUCAGAUGUGAAACGCAGAGUGAUCGUCAUCAAACACUUUGUGAAUGUAGCAGAACGCUGUCGUGUUCUCAACAACUUCUCAACACUCACCUCCAUCAUUUCCGCACUGGGUACUGCACCUAUCCAUCGACUGAAUAGGACAUGGGCUGCGGUCAACGCUCGUGUAAUGGCUACACUAGAGAACAUGAGAAAGCUCAUGGGAAGCACAAAGAACUUUGCGGAGUACCGAGACACUCUGCAUAAAGCGAACCCUCCCUGCAUCCCAUUCUUCGGUGUUUAUCUUACCGACUUGACCUUUAUUGAAGACGGGAUUCCGUCCCUCAUCAAAAAGACAAAUCUUAUCAAUUUCGCCAAGCGUGCGAAGACGGCUGAAGUCAUUCGCGAUAUUCAGCAAUACCAGAACGUACCGUACCCAUUACAGCCUGUUCCUGAGCUGCAAGAUUACAUCCUGACAAACAUGCAAUCGGCUGGCGACGUUCACGAAAUGUAUGAUACGAGUUUGCAGGUAGAACCACGCGAGCGGGAAGAUGAGAAGAUUGCAAGGCUUCUCUCAGAGUCUGGAUUCUUGUAAUGAUACCCACGAAGUAUUUGAUCUCGAAAUGAAUUUCCUAGUGUUGGCUAAGUUUGUUGGUUUGCAAAGGAUAAUUGGGGGGGUCUUUUAGGCGUGGAAAUCUAGUGAUACUUUUCAGUACGGAUGAGGACUCAUUUGGAGCACGUUGGAUGUCAAUUUGGAAAGAUCACUUGGCUGUCUUUCUCGUGGUGGGACGCCUUUUGUUGGAGAAUGUGACAAAACAGUGUGAAGUAGGAUAGCGAAUGUCACCAGGCUCGUGCCCCCUGAGGUUCCAAGAUCCGAUUCUUAUGAAUUGCCAGAUUCAGGAUCAAGCGGC